AUGAUCGGCAAAAUCCGAAGUAAAUCUCUUUCUUAUAUAAAGAGAAUCACAUUUCUGAGAACAUCGUAUAUACGACACAUCGGUCAUCAGGAUUCGGCAUUCGCAGUAAUAGAGUCAUCAUCCAAGCGUAAUUAUACACCUUCUUCCAGGUCUGAUAAUCCUAUCAAUGCUACCAAGGACACCAAGGCCGAAAAGGACUCGAGAAGUAUUUCUGAAGUUAGUAAAAAGUCCCGGAAUAAAGUCGGCACUUUUGCUUCAGGCACUUCUGUAACAAAUCGCUGGUCCAGGCUGGAGUUGAGAGUCUUGGAAAGUCUUGUUGAUAAAUACGGGCAAGAUUGGAAUAUAAUCGCUAAGCACAUGCUGGAUAAAUCACCAAGCGAUUGUCGUGAUCAAUAUUUAGCCAUGAUUUCCAUGCUACCAGAUUCCAGACGGCUUAAAGAGGCUGACGGAUCAACACAGAUGAGUGAAGCAGAAAGCAUGCUAUCAUGGACUGAGGAGGAAAUAAAACUAUUAGAUAGUUUGCUCACAAAAUAUGGACGUAGAUGGGUAACAAUUGCGAAAAAUUUCCCGUCAAAAAGUAUAUCCGAAAUAGAGAAAUUUGUCAACAGGAAUCCUAACAAGUUUUCCUCUCUUUUCAAGUUUCCUAAUAGAUCAAUUAGAUCCAGGAUGUGGAGCGAAGGCGAAAUAAAACUAUUGAAUGAAUUACUUUUAAAAUUUGGCAAGAAUUACGAUGUAAUUUCAAAAUAUCUGCGUGGCAGGACACCAAUGGCUGUUCUUCGUGCUUUGCCAAAACAUUAUUUAGAACUACCGGUGCUUAGAAAUGGAAAAACUCUAAAGUGGUUCAAAGUCGCGACUCGUUGGACUGAACGCGAGACAAAUUCGUUGAAUGAUCUUGUUGAACAAUAUGGCGAUGAUUGGAACACUAUAGCCGAUAAUCUCCCUGGUAGAACACCAUACGCUUGUAAGAUUAAGUAUAAGGAGUGUUGGAACUUCACUAAUAACAAAAGUGAAUUGGUAUUACACAAAUGGCCUCAGGAACUGGUUCAGAUCUUGGAUCUCAUCAUAUCAAAAUAUGGAAAGUGGCAAAUAUUACCGAUCCUCUUACCCGGGAUAACUCCAAUGAAAUGUCAACUGAAUAACUUUUGCAGAAAUAGUUUGGAACGUGAAGAAUGGCUGGAGGAGGAAAAAAUACUUUUAAAGAACUUGGUUAAAAAAUUUGGCAUUGAUAUGAAGAAAAUUAAUUAUCAUUUUCCGCUAAAGGAGAAAAGUUCGAUUAGAGCGCAAAUAAGAGCGAAUCCUGAAUACUACGGUCUAGAUAAAAUAAUGAAAUCAAAAGAAAGUGACGAUGUUGUUGAGGUUAGGAGGGAAUAUACCCAUUCUAAUCGUUGGACGAUAAGUGAAUUGAAAAAACUGUUGGACCUUCAAAAGGAAUAUGAUUCAAAUUGGAUCGAGGUCGCGGAACAUUUGCCAGGAAGGACUCCAUCAGCAUGCUACCUAAGAUAUAUUAUGCUAACGGGAUCUAAUAGCAUUCAAAAUUGGCCCAUCAGAGACAUCAUAUGUGUAAUCGAGUUAUUCCAAAAAUAUGGUCCAGAUUGGGAACUUAUAAGUCAACAUUUUUACGAUAGAAGUCCCAGUGAUAUAGAACAAUUGGUAUCUCAAACCCCGGUGAUCUAUACUGAUCUUGGAAUUUAUAAAAGAGAACUUCAAAAAUGGACUCAAGAUGAUGUAUCGAAACUCAGAAACCUCUUCGGAGUGCACGGUGAAGACUGGCAGACAAUUUCUGACUAUUUUCCUGGGAAAACGCAAGAAGAUUGCAUGGAAUACUUUUAUUCUAAUAGAGAAAUGUUUUCUGAUAAAAAUACAAAAAAUGAUUCUAUCUUUCCUCGCCGUAAUCGUAGGAUGUGGACCGAGUUAGAGGUAAAAUUACUAAAGGACUUGAUAAAGAAAUAUGGUCGGGAUUUUAACCGAAUAUCAAAGUUUCUUCCUGAGAGAUCAUCCUUUUCUAUUAAAACAUAUAUAAAGCAAAACAAAGAGGCGCUUUUUCCACAAAAUAAUCGUUCGACAGAAAAAGUUUUGAAUUGGACAGAAAAUGAAGAAAGUAAAUUAAUUUCUCUUGUAAGACUUUAUGGAGCAGACUGGAAACAAAUCUCAAAUUAUUUGCCAAAUAGAUCACCAGAUGCAUGCAAACGCAAGUAUUAUACGAUUUUACAUCCUGAAGUACCCUAUUCAAGAUAUGCUGCCUAA